UGCCACAAACUAAACAAUUUUUAUACAUGCACAAUUUUAUUUGCUGGACAGUUCUCUUGAAAGGAUCAACUAUUUGGUCUGAGAUACCUUCUUUCGCUAAUGAGAGUAUAUAAGGUAUCUCUAGACAUCGCACACGAGUGAAAUGAACACGUCCCAAAGUUAGGUGCAGAUCUACCGACAAUGAAACCAAGAUAGAAUCAUCCUGCAAACUGAACAGUUAACUAUGAAAAACUAUUGGCUUGUGCUGCGUGCGGAAAGCAGCGUUCCAGCUUCAUCUCAUAAGAUUCAAAACAAAAUCGAGAAGCACCGGCAUUCGUCAGGUAUCGAAGCGGUGACCAAGGCAAGCAUAAAAUGCGCGAGAAGUUACCGUACAUUAGACAGAGAGGAAAUUUUGACGCAAAAAGUCCGCAUUAACAAGCGCACGGAAGCUGCAUUCGUAAGCUCGUAAGCUCUAAUCAAUGUAAUACUAAAAUAUGAUGUGCGGCCAGCAGUCCAGUGUGUCACAUACCUCCCCUUUGUGGCGCUAAAUCAUCUUUAUGAUAGCGAUACUUCAGUUAAUCUAAAUAUUCACAACAAUGUCGGAGAG